CCAGCAAUUCUUGAACAUUAUUACUUUAAAUCAGGCGUUUCUCAUAAAAACUACAAUACCCAGAAUCCUAUGCGUGACUUUCACUUCCGGGGUCGGUGACCACCAGCAGCCUGGCAGCAGGAGAACAGUUAGGUUAACGUUUGUGUGGAUGUAGUGUCUGUGGAGCGCUGUGAUGCCCCUGGAGGUCAAAUGGCCGUUCCCACAAUGCCCUGCUUUGGCAUGGAGGAUCUCCAGCACACUGAUCAUGGGGAUGGUGGGCUCCUAUUCCUACUUCUGGACCAAGUACAUGAACUGCUUGACGGUCCACAACCAUGAGGUUUUGUUGGACCUGAUUGACCAGAGGCCCUCUGACACGCCCCUCAUCACUCUGUCCAAUCACCAGUCUUGUAUGGAUGACCCACAUAUCUGGGGUGUUCUGAAGUUCAGACAGUUGUGGACCUUCAACAAGAUGCGCUGGACUCCAGCAGCUUCUGACAUCUGUUUCACAAAAGAGCUGCACUCACGAUUCUUCAGCCGUGGAAAGUGUGUUCCCGUCUGCAGAGGCGAUGGUGUUUACCAGAAAGGCAUGGACUUUAUAGUGGAGAAAUUGAACAGAGGAGAAUGGGUGCACAUUUUUCCUGAAGGCAAAGUCAACAUGACUGAAGAAUUUAUACGGUUAAAGUGGGGUGUGGGUCGGCUAAUAGCAGAGUGUUCCCUUAAUCCGAUUAUCCUGCCGCUCUGGCAUGUGGGUUUGAGUGAUGUUCUGCCGAAUGAGAAGCCCUACGUUCUUCAGACUGGCAAGAAAAUCACAGUCCUGGUGGGGAAACCGUUCAGUGUGAAAGACCUUGUUGAAUCCCUCCGAGCUGAAAACAAGAGCCAGAUGGAAAUGAGGAAGACGCUGACUGAUUUCAUCCAGGGGGAGUUCCGGAGCCUGAAAGGCCAGGCCGAGGCCCUCCAUGGGCAGAUCCAGACCAAAUCCUGAGCCCGGCCGUCCUGCCCGCUACUCCUCACAGCCAAUUACACUGGUCAUCCUUUACUCAAUACUGAGGGUAAUCCCUUUACUACUGGAAGUCCACCGACACACAGGGCUGUAUUAUGCUGUCUACUCCCUUCCCUUUCUCUACACACCUCCACACUGGGAUGUCAUCACAAGCUUCUGAAUGUUUUGGGGUUUUUUUAAGUGGUGUUGUGGGAUCAUUUUCAUUACCGGAGGAAAAAACUGAGGGUCAUUUCCAUCAAUGCUGAUGCAUGAAGCACUGUUAGUGUUACUUAUUUCAUUUUAGCUGCACAGCUGUGUUUCAUCCCACUGUACAGUCUUCAUUGGAUGAUUCCACGCCUCACGAUUUGCAUUCAAUGCCGCCCCUCUCUCUCUCUCUCUCUCUCUCUCUCUUUCUCUUUCUCUUUCUCUUUCUCUUUCUCUUUCUCUUUCUCUUUCUCUCUCUCUCUCUCUCUCUCUCUCUCUCUCUCUCUCUCUCGCGUCACCACUCACUCCCCAAAAAUACUCAUUGAGCAGCUAACUUUAUCAGAAAUACAAGAAAAGAGAAACCGGUGCAUCUGUUUACAGCACAGCCAAAUAAACUCAGGUUGUUUUAAUAAAGAAAUCCUUGCUAUGAGCAACAGGCAUCUGAUUUCACGCUGCACACGGCACAUGUAGUUUUCCACUCAGCAGCAGGACACAGCUCCACAGCUGCUCCUUCUGCUUCCAAUACUCCUGUAAUAUUUAAAACCAUCCCAAAAUGACUGUUGUUUUGUUUUGUAGACACAUUUGUGAUGAUUUCUGUCCGCGCCAAUCAUCGUGUUUCCUUUGGCUGCUUCACAAUAAGAGCCACUUUGUGUUUCACCAGUUGAACGCUUUUAAUAUGAAGCAACAGCAGUAGGAAAUGUUAGGUUGGCAUUAAUCCAGCUGCUGUAGUAGAGUGAACAGUGAAGAGUGAGGCUGAUAUCAAUGAGAUAAAAGUAAAACGGUAACACUGGAUUAUAUGCUGCAUCAUUUCCUGUGAAUUCCUCCUGCAUAGGAAAGCAUUUUAAAUCCAGCGUGGGAAUGACGUACUCUAGAAAUAGUAUACAAAAAAAAUUGGAUUUCAUGAACAUGUUAAGGAUUAAAACUUAAACCAAUCAUUAGAUAAUACCUUAACUGUAGUUUAAAUGCCAUUUUACAUGCAGGAAUGAAAGAAACGUUGGCAUUGAAUGUAGAAAGAGUUGUUGGAUGUAAACCGAACGUUUGCAGAAUUGGCCAGUGUUGACGUUCUCUGGCGUUCGGGUUGCAUCAACCUGUUACCACAUUUUGAGGACAAUUUACAUCAGUAAGCAGAGUGCUCCUUUGUGCACAUACACAUGGAGUGAUGUAGAUUUAUAAUUUGUAAUGAUAUGAAUAAGUGCUGUACUGCAUGGUUAACCUUUACAGCUGUUAUCAGGAAGAGGCAUGCAGAGUAAAUGAUUGUUAGAUAGUAUAAUAAUCAUAUGUUUUGCUUUUAUGACGUCCACGCAGCUUUAAACGAGUCGACUGCUCGGUCAUACGGUCCAUAACAUCACCAUGUGCCCUGCCCUCUCUCUGUAACCUCUCUUGUACAUUCAAAUGAAGUUUGCAAAUCAUUUCUCGCUAAUGUUGAUAUUUUCUUUUUUCAGAUGACAAGUAUUAAACUACAAUGUUUUCUGUAGAUCCUUUCAACCUCUGAAUGCUACCCCGUUACAGAUGUAUAUAACUUAUAUUAUCACAAAGAUCAAUGGCUUUUCUACAAGAGGAAAGGCCACAGCUAAGUGAUCUGUGGUUAUUUUAUACAUGUAUUGCCUUACUGUGAUUGCCACUCUUUCCUACUGUAUGUGAACGCCAAUAAAUAUUCAACUUUUCUAAAUUUGAA